AUGGUCUCCUCGGAAAGGCUGAAAGAAAUAUGCGUCCCGCUCUCCAGUGAACACGCAUACAAGAAGCGCAAACUCAGAGUCGCUACAAUCGGCGCUGGCUUCUCGGGGUUGAUACUAGCCCACAAGAUCCAGCACGAACAGCCCGAGUUGCAAGAUUUCAUUGAUCAUGUCAUCUUCGAAGCCAACGACGACGUCGGCGGAACGUGGCGUGUGAAUACCUACCCGGGAGUGCAGUGCGAUGUGCCUGCGCAUAUAUAUGCAUUUCCCUUCGACCCGAAUCCGAAUUGGUCGAAGUUCUACGCAGAUGGUGAUGAAAUUCUUGCAUACGUCGAGAAAGUGGCCACGAAGUGGAACCUGAGACGGGAUGUCCAAUUCAACACCAAAGUAGUUGGCCUUGAGUGGUUAGAGGAAGAGGGGAAAUGGAAGAUUCGUGUACGGAAGAACGGACAGGAGGAGCAAGACGAAUUCGCCGAUGUGCUUGUUUCGGCUCAGGGGUUCUUGAGCCAGUGGAAAUGGCCUGAUAUCCCUGGCGUCCACGACUUCAAAGGCCACAAAGUCCACUCUGCCGCCUGGGACCACUCGUACGAUUACUCGCACAAACGUAUCGGCAUCAUUGGCAACGGCUCUUCAGCCAUCCAGAUCUUACCUCAAAUGGCCAAACUCCCAGGCACGCAGAUCAUCAGUUUCCAACGCGAAGCCACUUGGAUCACGCAGAGUCUAGGUCAGGCACUCGGCGUGGUGGGCAGUAACUUCAACCCCCGAUAUACGAGCCGGGACAAGGCUCGGUUCCGCAACCCAGACAAGCACAAGGCAUACAGGAAGAUGCUCCAACACGGUAUGAAUAAGGGGUUCCGCCUGUUCCGCAAAGACUCGCCCCAAAACACAAAAUCCACCGAAGUCACCAUCUCACGCAUGCGUGCGGCCCUAAACAACGACCCUGCCCUCUGUGAACAGCUGAUUCCCAAUUGGACACUCGGCUGCCGCCGCCUCACCCCUGGCGAAGGAUACCUCGAAUCCUUCCUCCUGCCGAACGUGACGCUCGAGAAGUCUCCAAUCAAGCGCAUCACGAGCACGGGCAUCGAGACUGCCCACGGAAACCAUCAUGACCUGGAUGUCAUCGUGUGCGCCACGGGCUUCGACGUCUCACAUGUCCCUCAUUACCCCGUCACCGGCCGCGGUGGGGUGACUCUUGCGCAGAAGUGGGCCUCGGAGCCGGAAUCAUACCUCAGCGUCGCGUGUCCGGAUAUGCCGAACUACUUCAUCUUCACAGGGCCGAACGCCACGGUUGGCCACGGCACGCUGUUGACCAGCAUGACGUGGACGGCCGAGUACAUUUGUCGGUGGUUGCAUAAGAUUGCAGGAGAGGGGAUCAAGAGUGUGGCUCCCACACAGGACGCGACGGAUGAGUUCGUGAGGUAUGGGGAUGAGAUCCAUGCUACGCUGACGUGGACUGGCGGAUGUAAGAGCUGGUACAAGAACCAUCGGGUCGACGGACGGGUCACGGCAACCUGGCCCGGUAGUGCGUUGCUUUACCGCGAGGUCAUACUCCGGGAAAUCAGGGGCGAGGACUUUGACAUCCGAUACUGGACCGGGAAUCGGUGGAAGGGGCUCCUGGGCAACGGGUUCACGCAGUUGGAAACGGAGGCCGAGGAGAAGGAGAAGAACGGCGAGACGGUCGAUCUGGCUUUUUAUCUCAACACUUGA